AUUCAGCGAUAGUUAUGACCUCCCGGUUACGUGCGCUGGGUGGAAGAAUUAAUAAUAUACGCACCUCGGAAUUACCCAAAGAGAAAACUCGAUCAGAAGUCAUCUGCAGCAUCUACUUUUUAGAUGGCGUGGUACAGACCUUUAAAGUUACUAAACAAGACACUGGCCAGGUUCUUCUGGAUAUGGCGUACAACCACCUGGGUGUGACUGAAAAGGAAUAUUUUGGUUUACAGCAUGAUGACGACUCCGUGGACUCUCCUAGAUGGCUGGAAGCAAGCAAACCCAUCAGGAAGCAGUUAAAAGGAGGUUUCCCCUGUACCCUGCAUUUUCGAGUAAGAUUUUUUAUACCUGAUCCCAACACACUGCAGCAAGAACAAACCAGGCACUUGUAUUUCUUACAACUGAAGAUGGAUAUUUGUGAAGGAAGGUUAACCUGCCCUCUUAACUCAGCAGUGGUUCUAGCGUCCUAUGCCGUACAAUCUCAUUUUGGAGACUAUAAUUCUUCCGUACAUCAUCCAGGCUAUCUUUCCGAUAGUCAGUUUAUACCCGAUCAAAAUGAUGACUUUUUAACAAAAGUCGAAUCUCUGCAUGAGCAGCACAGUGGGCUAAAACAAUCAGAAGCAGAAUCCUGCUAUAUCAACAUAGCGCGGACCCUCGACUUCUAUGGAGUAGAACUGCACAGUGGUAGGGAUCUGCACAAUUUAGACCUAAUGAUUGGAAUUGCUUCCGCGGGCAUUGCUGUGUACCGAAAAUACAUUUGCACAAGUUUCUAUCCUUGGGUGAACAUUCUCAAAAUUUCUUUCAAAAGGAAAAAGUUCUUUAUACAUCAGCGACAGAAACAGGCUGAAUCCAGGGAACAUAUUGUGGCCUUCAACAUGCUGAAUUACCGAUCUUGCAAAAACUUGUGGAAAUCCUGUGUUGAGCACCAUACGUUCUUUCAGGCAAAGAAGCUACUACCUCAGGAAAAGAAUGUUCUGUCUCAGUACUGGACUAUGGGCUCUCGGAACACCAAAAAGUCGGUAAAUAACCAAUAUUGCAAAAAGGUGAUUGGCGGGAUGGUGUGGAACCCAGCCAUGCGGAGAUCCUUAUCAGUGGAGCACUUAGAAACCAAGAGUCUGCCUUCUCGUUCCCCUCCCAUUACUCCCAACUGGCGAAGUCCUCGGCUCCGGCACGAAAUUCGAAAGCCACGCCACUCUUCUGCAGAUAACCUUGUAAAUGAAAUGACCUACAUCACGGAAACGGAAGAUGUGUUUUACACGUACAAGGGCUCUCUGGCCCCCCAAGACAGCGAUUCUGAAGUUUCUCAGAACCGAAGCCCACACCAAGAGAGUCUAUCUGAGAACAAUCCAGCACAAAGCUACCGGACCCAGAAGUCAUCCAGUUCUGUGUCUCCGUCUUCAAAUGCUCCAGGCUCCUGCUCACCUGACGGCGUUGAUCAGCAGUUUUUAGAUGACUUCCACAGGGUGACCAAAGGGGGCUCCACCGAGGAUACCAGCCAGUACUACUGUGACAAGAAUGAUAAUGGUGAUGGCUACUUAGUCUUGAUCCGUAUCACACCAGAUGAAGAUGGAAAAUUUGGAUUUAAUCUUAAGGGAGGAGUGGAUCAAAAGAUGCCUCUUGUAGUAUCAAGGAUAAACCCAGAGUCACCUGCGGACACCUGCAUUCCUAAGCUGAACGAAGGGGAUCAAAUCGUGUUAAUCAAUGGCAGGGACAUCUCAGAACACACGCAUGACCAAGUGGUGAUGUUCAUCAAAGCCAGCCGGGAGUCCCACUCACGGGAGCUGGCCCUGGUGAUCAGGAGGAGAGCUGUCCGCUCAUUUGCUGACUUCAAGUCUGAAGAUGAACUGAACCAGCUUUUCCCCGAGGCCAUUUUCCCCAUGUGUCCAGAGGGUGGGGACACUUUGGAGGGGUCCAUGGCACAACUAAAGAAGGGCCUCGAAAGCGGGACGGUGCUGAUCCAAUUUGAGCAACUCUACAGAAAAAAGCCAGGUUUGGCCAUCACGUUUGCAAAGCUGCCUCAAAAUUUGGACAAAAACCGAUAUAAAGAUGUGCUGCCUUAUGACACCACCCGGGUAUUAUUGCAGGGAAAUGAAGAUUAUAUUAAUGCAAGUUACGUGAACAUGGAAAUUCCUGCUGCUAACCUUGUGAACAAGUACAUCGCCGCUCAGGGUCCCCUGCCACAUACCUGUGCACAGUUUUGGCAGGUCGUCUGGGAUCAGAAGUUGUCACUCAUCGUCAUGUUGACGACUCUCACAGAACGAGGGCGGACCAAAUGUCACCAGUACUGGCCGGAUCCCCCCGACGUCAUGGACCACGGCAACUUUCACAUCCAGUGUCAGUCAGAGGACUGCACCAUUGCCUAUGUGUCCCGAGAAAUGCUGGUCACAAACACCCAGACCGGGGAAGAACACACAGUGACACAUCUCCAGUACGUCGCGUGGCCUGACCAUGGUGUGCCUGAUGACUCCUCCGACUUUCUGGAAUUUGUAAACUAUGUGAGGUCUCUGAGAGUGGACAGCGAGCCCGUCCUAGUUCACUGCAGUGCUGGAAUAGGUCGAACCGGUGUGUUGGUCACUAUGGAAACAGCCAUGUGCCUAACUGAGAGGAACCUGCCCGUUUACCCACUGGAUAUUGUCCGAAAAAUGCGAGACCAGCGCGCCAUGAUGGUGCAGACAUCAAGCCAGUACAAGUUUGUGUGUGAAGCGAUUCUUCGUGUAUAUGAAGAAGGUUUAGUCCAAAUGCUGGAUCCUAGUUAAGACAACUGUGAAAACGUUCAUUCCUCUUUCCCAAGGGCAUCCUCCUUGAGAGAGGAGGACAGACCUCUCUGGAAGCAGCAAGAGGAACCAGUAGCUGUGGGAAGGGAAUGGGCACCUCUGAACCCAGGCACUUUAAACUUCUAUAGAAAAGCUAUCGUGUACAUAGGAACUGGUGUAGAUAAGCAUGCAAUUAUGGCAUCAUGUAGACCUGUAUUUCUAAGGAAAGAUACAAAAGGGAUCUCAGUUUGGGGCCUGUCCUAAUGCCUUCUUCCCUAACGUCACCACACACACCCCUGUCGGCAUCCUGGAGCAAUUGAGACGGGACACCCACAGAGCUGUUGACCUCCCAGCAACAAGAUGGUGUGGUUAUCUCGGGUUGUUUGGAUGUUUUGUUUGUUUCUAUGUGUCAGACUGUAAGGGCUGAGCUUUCUGUGCUUCUAGGUGGAGCUGGAACAGUUCAGAUUCACCUGCCCCGAUGCUAAGGAAACCCUGACGAAUGUACUCGAUGGCAGGGUGCUGGGGGUCAGGCUGAAGGCUGAGCAACACCUCUCUGCCCUCCCUCCCUUUGUCCCAUCUCCCAGCGACUUCCAAUAUUCAUGUUUCUGAGAACCGUGUCCCUCUUCAGGUUCCCUCUUGGUGUCUGACCUGGAUUAGUAAUGUGCAUUCAGGUGAAUUUUCAGCUGAGGCUCUGAACUGGGACUCUCAGUGUGUUCUGGUCAUCUUGUGGCUUAGUUGUAGAAGCAGGUGUGUCUCUUGCCUCUGCUUGCCUCCUACUGCACACUCAGCACCCACGACUGGAAUCACCGACUACUGAAUCUCCUACAUGUAUUGCUGCUACUUCAAGCUCCUCCACUUGAAACCUUAUGAUUUUCCCAAGGGGAGAUGGGACAGUGUCAUCUAAAUAUUCCAAAUGUUUGGCCUUCUGAGAAAAGAGCUUCUAGUAAUUGAACCAUGGGAAACGCAGCUUCUGGAGGGUUGGCCACGCGGGUGUGUACGUGUGUGUGCCCAGGGGUGAGUGUUUCUCAGGAUUCCUAAUGAUUCAAAUUACCGUUGAGUAUAUAUAAAGAAUGAGUCUCUGUAUAGAAGAACAAAUGUGUGCAUUCACCCCCAGUCACAAUGGUCUCCAUUGCAUUUCAAAGGAGAGGAUCAGACUAUCUGAAUAUAAACACAAUCUGAUGUUAAUUUAUUCUAAGAACACCAUCAUUUUGAUUGUCCUAAA